AUGUCUUGGUUGAGUAUUCUCGUUCCAUUCCUGUUUUUUACUUUGACUACUGAUGGAAAACCGACAUCCUCGUGUGUCUACGAUAUAUUUGGCCUGAAAAUUUCCAAAUGUAGAUUUGUAAGUGUUACUCUAGGUCACUGCAAAACUGUCAAGUUUUUAUACAAAGAUUUCUCUAGCUGUACUCAGAAGCUAGAAAAUCGCAACUCUACGUGCGCGCAAGAUUACAAUCCAUUCCCAGGUAUCAAUCCAGAAGAUUUUCCAUCCAUCUUGGUCAAUGACAGGAAUGAGAGUUGCGACGAUUUGUUUGGAGAUAAAGAUUGUUUGAAAACAGAAAUAACUGAACUAUGUGGAAAAGAUGAAUACGAUAAAUUCAGAGAGAUGCAAGUGGAUCUCGCAAAGUCGUUUAGAAUAUGCAAAGCUAAGGUGUGA